UUGUUGUUCUACGAUUGAACAGUGCAGUUUUGACGAAUGUUGAAUCAACUUGAGUGCGUGAUGAUAUAAACUGUUUACUCGUGAUCCGUGUGAUAAGCGGUUAUUUUCCGUCGGUAGAAUAACUUUCUAGUGGCUUGUUAAAACAGAAUUUCGCUUGUUAGAUUCCACUUAAGUGAAGACUAUCAUCAAGUGCGCACUAAUUUACUCAAUUGAGCAACGACUAUGUGGAUUUACCUGUUUAUAACAGUAAUCACGCUCUUAAUUCUGCUGGUGCGAAGGAAGUAUUCAUUCUGGGAGCAGCAUGGAGUGCCCUACAUCAAACCAUUGUUCCCGUUUGGGAACAUACGACCCGCCGGAAAACGUGUUCACUCGUCCCAGCUGAUGACCCGCUUCUACCGAGAAAUGAAAGGAAAGCAUCCCUUCGGAGGAAUCUACUUUUUCACCAACCCGGUUGCCCUGGCGCUGGAUCUGGAUAUGAUCAAAGACGUCCUGGUGCGAGACUUCCAGUAUUUUCAUGAUCGUGGCAUGUACUUCAACGAAAAAGAUGAUCCCAUUUCCGGUCACCUGUUCAACAUCGAAGGAUCCCAGUGGACUAGCCUGCGGAAGAAAUUAUUGCCAACUUUCUCCUCGGGGAAGCUAAAGAUGAUGUGUCCUACCAUUAUAACCGUGGCGGAACGGUUUCGGGAGUGUAUGGAAAAGUGUUCCGCCGAAGAUCCGGAAGUCGAAAUGAAGGAUCUGCUCGCUCGUUUCACCACCGAUGUGAUCGGAACAUGCGCCUUCGGGAUCGAUUGCAACAGUUUGGCCGACCCGGAGGUCGAGUUUCGAAAAAUGGGCAAUAAGAUGUUUGAAAUCCCACCCCUGAGGAUAUUCAAGUUCUUCUUUAUAUCCACGUUCCAAAAUCUAGCUAGAAAAGCCCAUGUGAAAUCCGUGCCAGAGGAUGUUUCAGCAUUUUUCUUCAACGUCGUUCGCGAAACGAUUGCCUACCGCGAAAAGAGCCAUGUUCAGAGAAACGAUUUUAUGAACCUGUUGAUGCAGUUGAAGGAGAAAGGUGAACUCGAGGGAUCGGAGGAAAAGGUCGGGACGCUGACUCUUAACGAAGUAGUAGCACAAGCGUUUGUGUUUUUCUUAGGUGGUUUCGAAACGUCCAGUACAACGAUGUCGUACUGUUUGUACGAGUUAUCUCUGAACGACGACAUCCAAGAACGUGCCCGAGAGAGCGUUCAACUUGCUGUCACAAAACACGGUGGCUUCAAUUACGACGCCGUGAUGGAUAUGCACUAUCUGGAGCAGUGUAUUAACGAAUCAUUAAGAAAAUAUCCACCGGGAGCAAACUUGGUGCGCUGCGUCACCAAAGAUUACCAAGUGCGCAAUUCCAGCGUGGUCUUCAAGAAGGGUAUGGGUAUCAUGGUUCCAGUGUACGCCAUCCAUCACGAUGCGGAGUUCUAUCCGGAUCCGGAACGGUACGAUCCGGACCGGUUCAGUCCGGAGGAAGCGGCCAAGCGGAUACCGUUCACAUUUAUGCCGUUCGGAGAGGGACCACGAAUCUGUAUAGCGGCGCGGUUCGGAAUGAUGGAAUCCAAAAUUGGACUGGCUGCGCUGUUGAUGAAUUUUAGAUUUUCGCGGAGUUCCAAGACGGUCGUUCCGUUGGUGAUCUCACCUCGACAUGCGGUGUUGACUCCUGCCGGGGGAUUGUGGUUAAAGGUUGAAAAACUUUGUCGGUAGUUGGCGAAAGGAUUUCAGUGGCAAUUCAAAUCCGAUUGCAGAGCUUGUUAUGAGUUCUUUCAAGAAUGUGAUUUUUAAUUAUUUCAAAACUAGUAUCUAGGGUAUAGAACUACUUCGGCAUAAGCGGUCAAUUCCGUCAUAUCGAGCGGAUGGUACAAAUAUGGCUUCGACGUGAACAAACCAAUCAUACGUUUGGUACGAUAGUUUGGUUCAAUAGCUACCAUACAAUGUCUAUAAGAAAGUAUAAUACACUGAAGUAUUUUUUAACCGGUUUUUACGUAGUUUUUUACGCGAUUUUUUUGUACGCUGUUUGCCCCGCUUAGUCGUAAAUUA